CAGUCUGUGACUGUAUAUAUAAGCCAGAGUAAGACCAAACCAGGUAGACUACAUCCCAGCUACAUCUCAGCAUUACUGUACAGCAGAAAAUCCUGUCCCUGAGCCAUGAAGGCAGAAGCCACUCAGCUGAAGGCUCUUUAUGAAGCUAACGGCUUCCUGACAGCUAUUGAUGUGCUGGGGAAGGACGAGCUCAAUCAGGCCUGCAAGGAACAUGCAAAACUGGAGAACAAAUUUGGCAAGGAAUACACACAGUACAACCUGCACAACAUUCACAUGCAAUAUGAGUGGGUGAUGAAUCUGGCUGCUCAUCCCAAACUACUGGAUGCAAUCACUGCUGUGUUAGGGCCCAACGUUAUUCUCCUCGACUCCAGGUUUAUCUGUAAAUACCCUUCCUCUGACGUCCCCCACAAAGAUAACACUGCCCCGUACGUUGCUUGGCAUCAGGACAUCAAGUAUUGGGGAUUUGAAGGGGGCCCCGUGGCUUCUGUGUGGCUGGCAUUUGAUGAUGUGGAUGCAGAAAAUGGAGUCCUACAAGUUAUUCCAGGAAGCCACAAACAAGGCAUUUUGGAACACAGAGUGGCAGAAAUCCCAGGAAACUUACUGACUUCAAACCAGGAGAUACCCCGGCACUUGGUGCAGGUGGAAGAUUUGGUUGAGUGUCCCCUCAAAGCUGGGCAGAUGUCUGUCCAUGACGGGCUGACAGUUCAUGCCAGUGAACCCAACAUGUCCAACAGAAGAAGAUGUGGAUUUGUCAUCCGCUAUGUGCCAACAACUGCAUAUCCUGUCAAGGAUCCGGAACGUCCCAGAACAUUUCCUGCAACUGUCCUUGUGGCUGGAACUGACGAGUUCAAUUAUUUUGAAGAUCACGCGCCAAACUUUUUUAACAAGACCUACUGAUGAAAAUCAAGAUUAAAUUUGAGCUUUCUUUUCUUUUUACAAUUAAAGGGAAAUAAAAUUCCAAUAAAUAUUUAUAUAUAUAUAUAUGUUUAGUUGAUUAUUUUCAUCACAUUUAAAGCUUUAUUUGAAAAGCUGGAAACCUAGUCUGAAAGUGUUGCUUAGCUUUGUUAAAUUAUUAUUGUUUUGCUUGCAUAGACUUAACUGUUCCCAAUAAAACAUACAUGCUGGCAUGAA